AAAUUUGUAUUCACUUUAAUGUCUAUGUACUGGCGUUUGGAAUUCCCGUGUCUUGCAACCCAGCCCGGUGUCAAGACUGUCAUUGCAUAGUGCGUCACAGCAGUGUGUGGUGUGGUGCGUUGUUGUGAUGCGCGGCUCGCGCGGGACGCCGCAGCCUUGGUGACCGUGGUUCCUUGUUUUUGUGACACAGUGGUGUCGUGUAUUCCGACGCUCAUGCAAGCUCAAUCGGCAAGAUGCGAUGGCGGGCGCGAGCGGCCCCAUCACGCGCGAAAGAACGCGCCAACAUCAGCUUUUUCAUAUUUAUAAUGUUCUUCGCUGUGUUUGGUGUAAUAGUCCUUACUGAACUGCUGUUUUUGGAGCGGCCCCCGAGUAAUGCUCCUCGAUCCCGCUACAUAGAAAGCUUACAGGGUUGGGAAGGACGAACGGAUAAUGGUGGGGAUGGAGCGGAACCGCCACAGCCUGCGCACGGGCCACUUGAUGCUGUUUGGCAGCCAGUUGCUGGAACCAGGUUUAGAUUCUACGUGUACUCAGCCUAUGUGGAGCGUCGGACUGUACCAUCAGUCCGCGUCAUUGCUGCUACGAAAACUCGCGGCGCUGAUCCCGUCGUAUGCCGGCUUUGGCUGCCAGACAACCGUACAUUUACGCUCAAAGCUAGAGUCAAGCCGAUACGUGAAAAUUGGAACUUAAAAUACAGCGCCACGUACGUGCUCUGUCUUCUUCGCGAUACAGGAGUGAAGCCGCACGAAACAGUUGGCGCGUCUAUAUCAAUAGCAGCUGCCGUCUCUCCUAACAGAACUCCUACCAACCUUCUUACUGUACUUGACACCGAGCCUAAGAGCGGGAUUGAGGAAACACUACACGUAUGUGUUAAACCAUUCCACUUCUCAUACUCGCGGGACGAGUGGCUCAUGGAAUGGUUUGAGUUGAACAGGCUACUUGGUGCGAGUCACUUCUAUAUGUACAACGAGUCGUUGAGCGCACCAGUCGCUUGCCUACUCGAGCAUUAUAGAAAACAAGGCUUGGUUACCCUGUUGCCAUGGAAACUGCCUAUAGUUUCCAAAAUUGAAAUCAGGACGGAAGGGCAGUUCGCCGCAUUCAACGAUUGUCUCUACCGGUCAAUGUCAUCAGCGGGGUGGCUGGUAGUGAUUGAUGUUGAUGAAGUGAUUUUGCCUCGAAGGGAAAGGACUCUUGUAGCCCUCCUAACAGCCCUUCGUGCCGCGUACAACCCUCCGUCAAAGGCGCCCUCUGCAUUUCUCUUUAGGAACGCGUUCUUCUAUCUGCGAUGGGAGGACGACGUAGAAGCGCCCGCGCCAUUAGUAACAGCUCGCAAAACACGCCGCUGGGCGGCGCCACACGCCCUCAAGAAUCGGAGCAAGUACGCGUUACGACCUCACGAUGCAGUUGAAUUGGGGAACCAUUUCCUAUGGGAACUUGCUCCAGGGGCCAGUUCCGUGGGCGUCCCUUCUGAAAGGGGAUUGCUGCACCACUAUAGAAUCGCCUGUGAGUACGGAGGCAUGCAAUGCCUAACAGUCCCCUCAACAGUAGACCGAACAGCUCAUCGAUGGGCUGAGGAACUGAUGCAGCGAGUCUCCGCAGAAAAAGAGAUAUUAUCAGGAACAUGCCCCACGUAAACCAUAUCAACUAUGGAUGCUUUGUUGAAGAUGUCGUUACAGUCCCAGUAUUUUUUAUCCGCUGAAUACAGAUAGCUCGAUAUACAGAUAGCUAUACUAGAUCUGCACAGACUAGAAUUUACAACUGAACAUAAUUUUACCGUAAGGCAAGAAGUGUUAUAGAAGACACACGAUUAAUAAUAUGAACCUUAUUUACACGUUUUGCCUUGAAUAAUAGAAAUUUUAUUUAUCGGGACGUGUUUUAAAUGAGCUUUGAAAUAUUUAGAAUAUAAUUUUUUAUGUAGGGAAACGAAAAUAUUAGAAAUAAAUCGGGCAUCUAAUAUUAGUAAACCAAACAAAUUUAAAGCUACGUAUUAUACUAAAUAAGUUAGAAAUCUUCGACAAAGCAUCAUACCCACACCCAAAUGUACAAAAUUAAUUGUUUGUAAUAAAUCGUAGUCAUAUUCAACUUAGUGUAAAUUUUCCUACUCUGUUGUGAACUUAGCAUAAGUCUACGUAAAUAUUUUAUGUCCAAUUUGUUCAAAGAUCUCAUAACAAUAUUCAUGUUUCGUUUUUCAUAAGUACAAGAAACAAACAUGGAUUUUCAUAGAAAUGUAACGACGCACAAUUUCAAAUACAAUAAUUGUUUAAACUCGACUGCAAAUAUUUGGCGUGAAUGUAAACUAAAAAAAAAUAGUUUUCAUUUUAUAAUAAAAUAUUGUUAACACGAUAAUUAUUUUUAUAAUUUAUAAAUUAGUUCGUUUAAAAUUAAUUCAAGAGUAAUUUUCGGAUCGCAUUGUAAAAAAUUGCCAUAUUUGCAAACUGCCUUCAUCGCGGCUUACAUUUACUUCAUAUACACACGGUUACACAAAGUUUAGAAUUUUAUUUUAUUUUUAUAUACGGUAUAGAUAAUCAAUUUUAAUGAAAAUGGGCGCCUUUCAUAGUAAAACUCUGAACGGACAAAAAAUAACCACGUCAGUUAUACGAAUUAACAUAUGGACGAAAUAACAUGACAACUGUCAAACGUCGUAACAGUGCUGUCAACAUGAUAUAAAAGGUAUUUUAGCACUACAUCCAUCCCAAGACAUAGCUUGGACGUACAUACAAAACUCUGAGAAUUAAAAGCACAACUAUUUUUUUUAUCUGCCAAGAAUCGAUAAAGUUUGGCUACAACAUUACCCAUCCUAGCUUAUUGAUAAGUUCUGUGUAAUUUCUUGGUCUUUCUGCCACACGUUGGUAGAAAAUUGCCCCAAAUAAAAUAUUUUUAUGAAAUGAAUCCACCACACACAUAAAAUUAGAUGUACUAUCUCUAGGUAAUAUCGCUUUUGUAAAUCUCUUUUCUUGCUCAAACCAUGAAACUGUUCAGUAUUAAAUUCAAAUUUUAUAUACUUAAAACGUUUUAUACAGUGUUUAUUUAUUAUGAAAUAUAAUUUGCUAUUACAUUCUAUGUAAAUACAAUUAAUUGUUAAGGUAAUAUUGAAGUACUGCUAACGGCGCCAAGUAUAAUAAUUACGUAUUUUUCAUAAAUUAUAGAAGUACACCUAAAAUAAUUAUAUAUUAUCUGUCAUGAAAAUUAUAACGCUAAAAUCUAUGCGAUAGUUCAGAACUUUAUAGCUAGAUGGCGCAAAUUAAUAUUAGUAAGGCGAAGGUAUUUUCCUAUAUAAUUUUAUUUAGUAUCCUUUCAAUAAAUAUGUAAUAGCUCAAAAUUCUAUUUGCUACAAUUUUCUAUGGAAGUUCUGUCAAACGCAGAGCGUAAAAGUAAAAAUUAUUAUGAAUCUUCACUAGCUUUUUCUUUCGAAACGUUAGAUGUCGCUGCAAAUGUUCCUAUUUCAAUUGUUUAAAUUGUUUUUACUGUUGUUAAUAAUUUGUUUAUAAAUAUUAAAAACAAAAACGAAAGAUAAAUAUUUAUAAUAAAAUUACAAUACAUAAAUAAAUUUCUAGGCAUUAAAAUUGUAAAUAGCUGUCUUAACAUAAUUUUAGUAAAUAUAUUUUGUGUCUAUAUUUUACCUGUGAUGUCUAUAUAAAAGUGAGCGUAACUUAUCUAAUUAAAUUGAUGUAUUGUAGGUUAAACGCUGGCAGGUGAUUUUUGUAAAAUAAACAUAUUAUGAAAUUAA